AUGUCAAGUGAGACCAAGACUGUCGAGAAGGACAGAGAUCCCUACCCGCAAGGCACAAACCACGAAAGUCGUGGCAAGCAUGAUACGACCACUACCCACGCAGACGAGGAGAAGGAGAAGCAGAAGCAAGGCGGCGAGUGGCGCGACCAGCCACCUUACCGCACCUCCGGCGAGAACGAGCACUUUGAUAAGAAGCACGAGGCCCAAUGCAACUGCGGCAGAAUCAAGUACUGGCUAAGCCGCGACAAGCCCAUUGCCAGCAAGUACUGUCACUGCAAGGACUGCCAGAGCCUGCAUGGCGCCCCGUUGCAAUGGGCUGCCGUCUUUAAAAAGGAGGACUUACACUUCGAGAGCGGAGCCAAAGGUCUGGCAUUCUACCAUUCGGAGAAGAAGCACACCUACCAUGAUCUCCCAUGCAAAGUCAGUUGCGCCUACUGCCACGCACCUAUCAUGGAUGAGGGUCGUAACAUGGUCCUCAUGUUCCCAGCUAUCAUCAAGUUCAAGGACGAGGCAGCUAAGAAAGAUUUCGAGCCAAGCAUGCACAUCUUCUACUCGAGACGUUGCCUUGAUAUCAAGGAUGGAAAACCGAAGUGGUCUGAACUCGAUGAUCAGAGCGACUUGAUAGAUGAAGUCGCUUGA